AUGGAAUAGUUGAAAUUUAGAAUGUUAAAACCAAUACUUUCUUAAAGAAAAAGCACAGAUUUAUCUAAUAAAAGAAUAAAGCAGGAUUCCCUCUAAAGCAUAAAUAUUAUUAAUAGUCCAAAACCCUUUUCAAAUAUAUCAUAUCGUAAAAAUCAUAAGCAUAAGGCUCUUUCCUAAGGGGUAUAUCAUCUUUAAUUGUAGACCUAUUAUGGAUCUCCAUUAUUAGGAUAAAAUUAAUUAGAGGCAAUUGAUAAAAUGAAAUCCUAGCAGCGUAAUGAUUUUUAUGGAUAAUUAAAGAGUUGUGAUCCAUAUUAAUAUCCUACUCGAUUAUAAGAAUUGUAACUCUCCCCAAAAUCUCCUAGAGAACGUAUUUAAUUAAGAAAAUUUCAAAGCUACUGUUGAAGUAAUAAUCCCUUCCGAGCUUAAAGAACCACCUAUAACUUUAGGACGUCUAAGUGACAAUCUAUCAAGACAUAAUGCAAGAGAUAAACUUCAUAGAGGUAUUCCUUAAAAGUGAGUGUUGUAAACUUAAUUAGGCAUGAUAUUAAGUAACUAGCCAGUUGGGUUGAUUUGAUGGUACUAUAAAUAAUAGAUAAAUAUGGAGAUCAAAGGCAAAAUGAAUUUUAUGAGGAAGUCUAAAAUGUCCUAACACUUUGUUUAAAAGAAUUGAUUAGAUAAAUAAGUAUAGAUUGCAUUGAACGAAGGUAUGAACUUCAUUUACUAAUUAAGUGUGCUUUUAGAAAAGAUUUGGGCUUAAUAUGUAGAAAUUAAUUCUUCAGUUAUUAAAUAAACUUUAGAUGAAAAAAGGGAAAUUGAGAAAUCGCAUCUUAAACAAAUUAUGAAAACGCAUUAGCUCUAUCAAGUAGAGAUAGAUACUUUUUAGUUGAUAAUUAAAAAUUUUAAAGAGGAUUAAUAAUAAUUAACUGAAAGAUUAAUUAAACUUAAAGAUAAUGGAAAAUAUUUAAAAAAGACAAAUAAACACUUAUAAAAUAUUUCAAGAGAAUUAAGAUUUUAACUAAACGAUGUAACAACUACAAAUAAGUAUUUACUGAAUGAAGUUGAAAAUCUCAAAUAAUACAUUGAGGAAGCAGAAAAAGACAUGCAGAAUUACUAAUAAUAAUUCAAAAAUCACUUAAUUUAACAGAGAAUUUAAUCUCCAAGUUCCCCUAGAAAAAUACCUAUGAAUAGAUCUGGAACUGUUUUUCUUUCAUCAAGGCCUCCAGAAUAACUUAAAAUAAUAAGAGCAGGCAAACAUAAGACUCUCUUUCAUGAUCCAAAGCCUGAAGAAAAAGUUCAAAGAGCAUUAAAAAGUGAUACUGAUUCUUCAAUUGCAUCUGAUAUUGAAAAUAUGUUAAAAAAUUAAUUCACAGAAACUGAUGAUUUAAAUUCUUUAAUGGAAAUCCAAAAAGAAUAAUCAACUUAAGCAUAUGCACCAGUUUCUUAAUUUAAUUAUAAGUAAGUUAUAUUAUCAAUAAAGAGCCUUAUUAUUGCCCGAUACUCGUCAUUAAAUCAUGUAAACUGAUUCAAGUCUUUAUAACAUAUCCUUCAAAGAGACUUAAACAGAAUUACAAACUGAUAUGGUUGAAGUGAUAAAAACUGAAGAAGAAUAACUGAUGUUAAUUUAAGAUUAACUGAUGAAAGUUUCUGCUAAUUAUAAAUCUAUCUAAGGAGAAUCUUCAAAUGAUGAAAGCCCCAGAUCCAGAAGAAUUUCUUAAUUCUUUCAGAGUUUAGGAGAGGCAUCUAGUAAAAUGAAAUAAACUGUAUAUAUGUAAAGGGAAAUUAGAACAAGCUUAUUGCUGGUCAACAGCGCAUAAAAAGAUGAAAAUAAUCGAAAAUAAGAUUAAAUUAUAGUUUUAGUAUUAUAUAAAUAAUUAUUUAGAAAUCAAUAAAUGACAGCUUAUCUAAAAAUAUUGAUGAAGCAACAAAUGAGAUUUAAGAGCUUGAAGCUUAGCUAGACUUAUAAGAGAAAGUAAAAAUUAUCAAUAAUUUUAGAUUAAUACAAGGUUAGAAAAAAGAUAUAACAAAAUUAAAGAAAGGAAAUAAUAAAUCAUUGAAAAAACUCGAAAUCUUGUCAACUCAUUUACAAAAACUUAAAAGUUUACAAAUAUAAUGAAAAAAAAAAUAUAAGAAAAAAAAGGAGGAUAACCAGAGGCAAGAAAAAUUUCUUCUCUAACUACAAGCUAAAUCCCAUCUUAAACUGAUUAGCAUUAGGAAGAACAAUAAUAUCAAAAUCAAAUAAGCUAACAAAAAAUAAAUUAAAAAUAAUAGUAAAAUUAAAAAAAAAUCAACUAAGAGUAACUACACAAUAAUAGUUUAACUAAUUAACAAUUAGAAAAUUCUAGAAUUUCUGUGGGGUCCAUGACUUCAAAUCAACUUGCAAUAUCACAAGAAGGAUUUACUAAAAAGAAAUGGAAUAUUCAUAUUACAAACGCAGAUGAACAAAAGCAAAUUUCAGAUAAUGAAAGUGAUUAUUCACAGUCACAAUAAUCAGUAUAACGAAGCACUUACUCAGUUUAAGAUGUAAUAAUUAAAUUAAGUCAUAGGAUUUCUAAGAUUCAAUAUCAUAAAGAAGCUUAGCCACAAAUCGGUCAAAUAUUUCAUAAGUAAAGAUUUCUAAUAAACCAAUAUCAAAUUAUGUAAUCUCUCUAAAAUAAUGAAUAGUAAUUAGUUCCAAAUAAUAAUCAUCAAGUAUCUAAAUCUGCAAAGGUGAAAAAAGAUAAAAAUCCAAAUUCAGGUUACCAAAAUCAUUUACCUCUUGAAAGUAUAAAAAUGAUAUCAGAAACUUUGAGAUAAUUCAUAAAUGAAGAGUUGGAAAAUAGUGAUACAUCAAGUGUUGAUUCUUCUUUUUCUAGUAAAUUAGAAGACCUAAACAAGAGAAAACUUGAAGGAUCAUAAAGAAGAAAAAAUGUAACAUUACCUUAGGCUCCAAGUAUACUUGUGUAUUUGUCAUAUAGAAUUUUAGAAUCGCAACAAUGCUGAAUCAACUUCACAAAUAAAUCUUUAGAAAUCAUAAAACUUGGUUUCGUAACUUUCAGAAAAAUUUUCUCGAAAUCCUAAAAGCUCAAAUGCUAAAAUGUAAAAAAUAAAUGUUCUAAAGUUCAUAUCUUAAUUUUAUUGUGAGAAAAUUAGAUAGUUUUCAAACAAAAACAUGCCUUUACAUUAAAUUUGUUAUGAACAUUUUGUUAAUACUUAUGGAUUUAAGAGUAUGGCUGAAUAAAAACUCACAAACUUUUAUUAAUCUAUUUUUGCCUAUCGAGAAAAUUUUAGAAUUAAUUUAUUUGGAAGGUAAUUAUUAACUAAAAAUAGAUUUGCUGAACUUUUUAGUCCUCUAACAUUAGAUGAUCUAGAAAUAUAUAUUCAAUCAUUAAAAAAUCUUGAUGAAAAUGAAAUGCCAAUAUAGCUUGCUCAAGUUGUAAAUGAGAAAGGUGUUCUUAUAUCUCUUGAUCGGGCUUUAGCCUGCCUAGAAACAUAGCAUUCUUGUCUCCCAUUAGAGAGCAAGGAUAGAAUAUAAAAAGAAAUAAAAACUCACACUUAUGAAAGAAAAAACAAGAUUUGUGUUGAUUUAGACUUUUUCAUUAGCAAAAUUCUUACUGGAUAUUAAUAAUUAAAAAUGAUGCAUUAGGCUCACUUUGAAGAAGUAUUCUAUUCUGCUGAUAUGGAUAUGGAUGGAAUGAUAGAAUUUCAAGAGUUUUAAAAACUAUUUUUGCAUUUUGAAAUCAACCAAGGUACAAACUUAAAUUAGAAGAUUAUCAGGAGUUAAUUUAUGGAAAGAUGUGAUACAGUUUCGAAUGAAAGUGGCGAAAAAGCUAUGUCUUUCAAUAGAUUCGUUACUUUUUCUUUAGAAAAUAAUAUAUUUUCAAAGGAAAAAUUUUAAGUAAUUCUAGAUUUAAUAUUUCAAGAGGUUUUCUAAAAAUGUGGAUUUAAAUGAUCCAAUAAAGAACCUUAAUGAUUUAAAAGAGAAUUGGAUAAAUAUUUAAGCAUUACUCAAUUAUAGAAUAAAUCUCUCUGAAUCAGGAGAGACUUAAUACUAUUUAAGUAUUAUCCAAAAGCUAGAUUAAGUACUACUUUUAUAUAAUUGAAUAGGCAUUAAAUAAUAAAGAACUUAAAGAAAGCUAUUGGAUUUCGUAUAGAAUAUUAGAUGCAGACACAAAAGCUGUUUAUUUAUCCAGACUUGUCGCUAGUUAUUUACCUUAAGAAUUGUUGUGUAUUUAAGAAUUAAUGAAUGAAAUUUUUGAUGAAAAUAUAUAAUACAUAAGUGAUUGA